AUGUCAAUUGCCGCACGUUGUUAUAGCGAAGUUCACGAAAGCGGUCAUUUGUCUGACCUAUCCAAGCUAUGUGUAAGACAUUUUAAAGACUCCCUCAAGAAUAUUUUUGAGGAGAGGACGUCAUCUCCAUGGACAAAACGGAAAAAGAGAUCAGAGUUUCAAGAAGAAUUGGAUCGUUAUGGAAUUGUUCAAUUCGUGAAGAGAGAUAAUCUUGCAGAAGAAGAGGAGGUUCCGCCUGCAGCGGAUGAUUUAAAAAAGACAAACAAGACAAAUAAGAAACUUAGUCUUAAAGAAAUAUUCAAAGAUCCUCCACAAGUAAAGAUAAACGCUGAUGGAUGGCCGGAUCGAAAUGUUUAUGAUCCGUCAUUAGAUAAAAUGUUUUGGUGGCGUAAUGAUCCAGUUUUAAAUCAACAUCACGAACAUUGGCAUAUGGUAAUGCCUUCCGGUGAAUACAAGGGAGUUACGAAGGAUAGGGAAGGAGAAAAUUUCAUUUACAUGCACAGGUUCAUGUUGGCCAGAUAUGACGUGAAUCGUUGGUGUCUUGGAAUGGAUCUCGUCGAACCAUUGGUUGAUUACACAACUCCGAUACCCGAAUCUUUCUAUCCGCCCCCGUUCUUAUCGCAGGAAAGUCGCGGUAAUGCUAGGAUUCCUUUCCCUGCUCGCCCUCCAUAUCAAGUAUUUCGCGAUAUCG